CUCCAGUCAAGCCUUCCCCGCAACCACCGUCGGAGGCGGCGGGAAUGGCUUCCCGCCUCCUAACCAGAUCAACCGCCGCCUUCCUCCUCUCUCAUCUCCGCGCCCGGACCCCGAACCCUAUCCACCACCUCCUGCCCCAUGGAGCUUCCCUUCUCGGACCCGCUCACGCCAUUCCUGCCGCCGCCAGAUCAUGCCUCCUUGAGCCGACUCGGUGGUUCUCUUCCCCGGCGCCGGUGGUGGAGGCUCCGAGGACUGCUGAUGGACUGACUGUGGACUCGAUCGCCGACAAGGGCUGGACCAUCCUCGCCGAGGCCGAGAGCGACUGGCGCAGCCACGCCGCCGCCGUCGCGCAGUCUAUCAAGCUUAUCAAGAAGCGCCUCAAGUGGAAAUGGUUACUGGAGAGAUCGAAGCAAUUGGCUGUGGUAUUGGAGAGACCAGACCUCUGGGAGGAUUCAGUUUUCGCUGGGAAGGUUAGUCGUGAACAAGGUGAGAUCAUGGGAAAGAUUAAGGCAGUGAACCAAUUCGAGCAGCAGUUGAUGGAGCACAUUGACAUGCUGAGGCUUGCACGUGAAGAGGGCGAUAAUGAACUUGAGACGGAAUCCAUGAGAGCGUUAGCCGAUAUGAGAAUAGAUGCAAAGGAGAAAGAACUCAAUGCAUUGCUUUCUGGAGAUCAUGACCCUUACCCUUGCUUCAUUGAGGUUCAAGCUGGAGCCGGAGGCGUUGAGAGCAUGGAUUGGGCUGCCAUGAUUAUGAACAUGUAUAGAUCAUGGGCUCAACGACGGGGUUAUACAGUCACUAUAAUAGAAGAAAUGCCUGGUGAACUAGCGGGAAUCAAGAGGGCUACUAUCAAAGUUGAUGGUGAAUAUGCGUUUGGAUAUGCCAAAUCCGAAAUAGGAGUUCAUAGAUUAGUGCGGAUUUCUCCGUUUGAUAGUGGAAAGCGGCGUCACACUUCCUUUGCUGCUGUGGCUGUAAUACCUAUUCUUGGUGAUGCUUCUAGCCGAUACCAAAUAAACGAAUCAGAUCUUCGAAUAGAACGCUUUCGUUCUGGUGGACCUGGUGGCCAGCAUGCCAACACCACAGAAAGUGCUGUUAGAAUUGUGCACAUCCCAACUGGUACAACUGCAACUUGUCAAAAUGAAAGAUCGCAACAUAUGAAUAGGGCAUCAGCAAUGGCAGUGCUCCAAUCUAGGUUGGACCAGCUUGAGAUUACCCGUCAAGCACAGAUGAAUGCAGAGCACACACAAUCACUCAAUGAAAUAAGCUGGGGCAACCAAAUAAGAUCCUAUGUGCUCCAUCCAUACCGUAUGGUCAAAGAUCUCCGAACAAACUAUGAAGUGUCUGAUCCUGAUUCAGUCCUGGAAGGCGACAUAGAUGAUUUUAUUCUGAACUUUUUGUCAUUAGCACUGGAUAAAGCUGAUGAAAGUGUCUGAACACAAACCAUGCUUAUCAUUUAUUGUUAGCACCAAACUGACUGUGAUAGUGUCCAGCUGAUAGCAGGAAGGGCUAUUAUUUUCUUUAUUACUGCGCUGACAAAUACAACAGAUACCUCAAGUGGCGAAAGGUUCAUCAAGUAUAAGAGGAAGUGCAGUUUCUUGCUUCUUGCUGUUAUUUCUAGAGAUGAGACUCCUUUCACUUACGUAAUGUUCAGAUACACGGAGGCUACUAUAAUUCCUUGUAUUUUGUAGUGUCAGUAAUUCGGUGUUCAUAGUGUGAGUCCGCUGUGCUUACCGAUGUAGAUUUUUUUUAUGCCUUGCCGUUUAAAUAAAGCUGUAAACUUUCUAUCUCAUUAUUUUUUGUUGUGGAAAUGAAGAAAGAAUCAUGCAUAACA